GAAGAUAUUCAAGUCUUUAAAUACCGAUAGAGAAACUGAACCUUGCACAGCCAUCUUCUCAUAUAUUUGUAUCUGACAAACCAAUCUUCUCUUUUGUAAAAGGUUUGGAUUGAAUAACUUUGCAUCAAACUCUCCGUCUUUGUCGCAACCCUUCUCAGCAUCACAUCGCAUCAACAAUUUAAAUUUAAUUUUUCCCGAAUUUAUUUGACUAUCUCACUCGAUCUCUCUUAAUCAAACAUCAUGCCAAAACUAACUGAGUGGAUUCAUAAAGUGUUAUCGAUCAACAAAAAGAACAAACAACGAUCAACAGAAUCAGAUCAAAACAAGAUGUCAAAUAACGAUAAUUCAAACUUAAACAUCCAACCAUUUCCUGCAAAGACGAAUGACCCGAAUGACUUGAAUAAGAACCCUAACUUGAAUGAAGAUCUAUCUAGUUCUGCUCAAACAACUGAUCCCAAUCCACCCACUUUCGAAGAAGGUGGUGCACAAAUGUCAAAUUCAAAAGACGAUAAAUCCGAGUCCAACUUAACGAUCCAACCAUUUCCAGCUACCACCAAUGAUCCAAAGGAUUUGAAGAAUAACUGGAAUCAAGAUCUAUCUAGUUCUGCUCAAUUAACCGAUACGAAUCCACCAGUAUUUGCUCAACCAGGUAUUCAAAUCCUGGAUAAUGAUCAAGUGCCACCAAAACAAGAAAACCUCUCAAGUUCCGCUCAAUUAACUGAAGGAAAUCCACCUGUUUUUGCUCAACCUGGUAUUCAAACCUCAAACACUGAACAAUUAGGAAAACCCGAAAAUGUUUCAAGUUCUGCUCAAUUGACCAGUGGUACUCCUCCAGUUUUUGCUCAACCUGGUAUCCAAAUCUUAACUAAUGAUCAAGUAUCAAACUUGGAAAAACCAAUCGAUACUACUACUACUACUGCUAAACCAGAAUAAACCAUUCUUCUGCUUUCUUUUUCUCUUUCCUCUCUUGAUUGAAUUAUCUAUGUAAAGUAAUUUUCUUUAUAUUUUUCAUACUUUUUUUCUCCCCAAGAUAAGUCCAUAAACCAUCACAAAAAAAUGUUUUCUCUUUUCCUUUUAUUGGCAUACAUUUGGACUUGUCUCUCUCUGUCUCUCUUGUUUAGUGUCCUGAAUUUGUUUUAGCUUACUCGAGUUUGGGAAUUUAUGCAUUUUGAUCAUCUUUCACAUUAUGACAAGUG